AUGAAGAUACAGUGUGAUGUGUGUCACAAAGAGGAAGCCUCUGUGUUCUGUCCUUCAGAUGAAGCAGCUCUCUGCCAUGGUUGUGAUCACACUAUCCACCAUGCCAACAAGCUCGCAGGCAAACACAAACGUUUCUCUCUGCACCCCCCCACAUCCAAAGACACCCCUCUUUGUGAUAUCUGCCAUGAGAGGCAUGCAUAUCUAUUUUGCCAAGAAGACAGAACAAUACUUUGUAGAGAAUGUGACAUUCGUAUCCAUGGAGCCAAUGAACAUACCCAGAAGCACAAUAGGUUUUUUCUCACUGCCGUAAAGCUUUCAGACACAAAAUCAUUAUCAUUCACUGGCUCUGAAGUAACAACUUCUCGUUCAAAAGAAAACAGACCAAGUUCAUUUUCAAAUGAAAAUAUUAGUUCUUCUCGCAUGGUUGAAGUCAACAUGGGUUGCGACUCGGGUAAUUCAGUUUCAACAAACAGCAUUUCUGAAUACUUGAUUGACACAAUUCCCGGUUACUGCAUGGAAGACCUUCUUGAUGCUUCAUUUGCACUUAAUGGUUUCUACAAGGAUUAUGAUUACCAAUCAGCGUUUCAAGACCAAGAUUUUCAAGUUAGCAUGUGUUCGUUUCCAAUGCAAGCGUGGGUACCACAAUCACAACUUAACACUUCGAAUCUUACCCAGAAUGAUUCUUUUGUUGGAGUUAAGGAAGUGCCAAAAGCCAAAGCUGCCGAAGGAUACUCGAAUUGGAGAUAUAAUAAUGGCUACACUUCCCACUCAGUUCCUAGUCCUUCAAUUAGUCCUUCUUUUAUCAAAAAAUGUAGACGCUUUCGUUAA